AUCCUCCAUAAAUAGGCGCGCUGCCACGAGAUAAAGCACCAGGGUAUUCCCUUUCAUCUCCAGACAGUCCAUUGUUCAUUAGAUCACCGCCACCAUGUCUGUCGCUGCGUCCGAAAAACGACCCGAGAUCAUCGAGAUCGCCCGGGGAUUGAACCAUGUGCCCAUGUGCGAAGAGUACGAGCGGAUGAUCUCCGGCAUGCUCUACAACCCCAACGUCCCGAAGCUUCUGGAAGGCCGACACCGCGCCCGCGGCGUGGCCCAGGACUACAACAACCUCGACGCCAAAUCCGUCCCCUUCGAGCAGAUCGCUGAGCGGCGCUUCGAGCUCCUCCAGAAGAUCGUCGGCCGGGUCGGCGAGGGCACCUUCAUCGAGCCGCCCUUCAUGCCCGACUACGGCUGCAACAUCAGCAUUGGCCGCGACUGCUUCAUGAACUUCAACUUCACCGCCCUCGACACCAGCCUGAUUAUCAUCGGCGACCGCGUCCAAUUCGGCCCGAACGUCAACAUCUACACGGCCGGCCAUGACGUCAGCGUGCUGUCGCGCCGCAAGUUCGUCGAGUUCGGCCACCCCAUCACGAUUGGCAACGACUGCUGGAUCGGCGGGAACGUGGUCAUCCUCCCGGGCGUCACCAUCGGGGAAGGAUCGACGAUUGGCGCCGGCUCCAUUGUCACCAAGGAUAUUCCUCCCUUCUCGGUAGCGGUCGGGAACCCCUGUCGCGUGCGCAAGACGAUCCCCUCCGCUGAGGAGGAGGAGCAGGAUCCGAAUAACCCGUAUCGCAACAUGGUGCGGGAGGAUCGGGUGUGAACAAGAUGACGACUGGGGUUGUAGGUGGAAUUCUGCAGAGCACCGCUGGUGGAGACAUGGGAUUUGAAAUGUUCACACUCAAUAGAGACGAUGUUUUUAGACAUGAACGAGCACAUUCUAAAACAUAUACACAGGAGGAUUAAGACCACAAUAAUCAUACUACA